AUGCCUCCAGUCAAGCAGGUCUAUGCUCAACACCAGCCUUCGAACUGGGAGAAGUUCAAAAUGGGUCUAAUGAUGGGUACCUCGGUUGGUAUUUGCACUGGUAUUCUGUUUGGUGGAUUUGCGAUUUUGACCCAGGGUCCAGGUCCUAGUGGCUAUAUAAGAACCCUCGGCAAAUACAUUGCGGGCUCUGCUGGAACAUUUGGUCUUUUCAUGAGUAUUGGAUCCAUUAUUAGAAGUGAUUUUGCCAUAGAAAUGGCUAGAGACAGCAGAAAUACGGUUUCUGCCACCGGUAUUAACGCUAGAAUGCUCAGAGAAAACUACGGCUUUUAUAACAAGACCAAUUGA